AUUUUCAUGAAAAAUUUCCUGCCACAGCAAAAAUGUCAAACGUAAGCAGAGUAGAGUAAAUAAAAAUCUGAUUAAUUUGCCACACCAGAAAAACAUUUAACAAACUUAACAAUUGCAUUCUAAUCAAGCAGUACUUAACAAUAAAAAAUUAUUCAUAAACAAUGGCUUCGGCUACGGUAAGAAAUGUGCCAUUGCUGGAAGAUGACACCAUACCCUUUGGUGAGGAGGAUGAAAUGCGCGAUCCGAGUGUCGCUGCCAAAAAAUACACGCACCCUUAUGUGACGUUUUUCCAUCUUUUCUUUCGUGGUGCCGCUGUAGUUAUGUACAUGUUUUGCGGCUGGUUCGUUGACUCCUUUAUAACCAGCUUUGUGUUUGUUGUGCUAUUUUUGUCCGCAGACUUUUGGACCGUGAAAAACAUUACUGGCCGCUUGUUGGUUGGAUUGCGUUGGUGGAAUUAUGUAGACGAAGAAGGCAAAUCGCAUUGGGUAUUCGAGUCGAAAAAGGGACGAGUAAAUAACAACGAAGCGCGCAUAUUCUGGUUAGGUCUAAUAUUAUUUCCCGUUUGCUGGGGUCUAUUUUUCUUAGUGGCGUUAUUAGGUAUGAAAUUCAAAUGGCUUCUACUGGUUUUGAUUGCACUGGCACUUAACGGUGCAAAUUUAUUUGGUUAUAUUAAGUGUAAUUUCGGUGCAAAAGCAGAUCUCAAUUCAGCGGCUACGGAUUUCGUCAAAACACAGAUAUUCAAAAAUGCUGUGGAUAUUAUGACAAAACCGAGCGCACAACCGCCUACAGCGCGACCAGCUAAUGUUGUUUAGAAAAAGCCAUUGGAGGGAAAACUUUGUAAACUAUUCUUUAUAUAUAUGUAUGAAAAUUGUGUAAAAUUAGUAUUAGUUAACUUACGUCUUGUUAUUUUAUACAUUAUAUGUAUUGAUAUCUAAAAUCCUGUUUUUAAUAAAGACAGCGAAAAAAAUAUCCAUAAUGCGCUAAUAAA